AUUUUUUGAAAUUUUAUAAUCUUUUUUUUUUCUUUGGUAGAAUAAUUUAUUUUAAUAAUGUAGCUUUCGUGCACUUUGACUAAUUCCACGCAUAUCAGUAUGCAUUAAUGCUAGGAUAGACAUGAAGAAAUCACUUAGUAUUUUGUCCCCAUUAGAUUAGAAAUUUGUAAUCUCUUUUUUUUUUUUGAUAGCCAUGGUAUCUGGAUUAGCUUUUGCGCACCUCGAUUAAUUUCACGGGAUAACUGUCAACUUCCAUCAAGUCCACGUAUAUCUGCCACCUCGUACCAACAAUAUCACUAUACACCAAAGUUAGAUAGUCCCCGUUGGGAUUAGAAAUUUAUAAUCUCUUUUUUUUUUAAAGGCGUGGUAUUCGAGCUAGCUUUUGCACACCUCAACUAAUUCCACCGGAUAAACAUGGACAAGUUAACUCUAUUCACGAAGGCUAGGAUAGAUGAAAAGAAACAACGUGGCAAAUUGACCAAGAUUAGGUACGGAAUUUACCUAAAUACGAGGUCAUUAAUGAGUUGCUCUACAAGUCCAGCAAUGGCAAAGGAGAAAGAAAUGGAACAAGUGGAUAGAAUAUUAGCUGCAAAAGAGGAUGACUAUGGCGGGGUGACGGUUGAAAUGACUAAUGAGCCGUUGGAACCUUCUGUCUUUGUGUCUUUGCUUAGAGCAUCACUUUCUCAUUGGAGACAACAGGGUAAAAGAGGUGUUUGGAUCAAAUUGCCUAUUAAGCUUGUAACGCUUGUCGAACCUGCUGUCAAGGAAGGAUUUUAUUAUCACCACGCAGAACCAAAAUACUUGAUGCUUGUGAGUUGGCUCCCUGGAACUGCUAACACUAUUCCGGCAAAUGCAACACAUAGAGUGGGUAUUGGCGCUUUCGUCCUUAAUGAAAGGAAUGAGGUGCUCGUUGUCCAAGAAAAGAGUGGAAGAUUUCGUGGAACCGGUGUGUGGAAGUUUCCUACAGGAGUUGUCGAUGAGGGUGAAGAUAUAUGCGAUGCAGCGGUCAGGGAAGUAAAAGAAGAGACGGGGGUUGAUGCGAAGUUCAUAGAAAUACUGGCAUUCAGGCAAAGCCACAAGUCAUUCUUUGACAAGUCAGAUCUAUUCUUCGUCUGCAUGCUACAACCUCUCUCGUUUGAUAUCCAGAAGCAGGACGCAGAAAUAGAGGCAGCCGAGUGGAUGCCAUUCGAACAAUACGCAGCUCAGCCAUUUGUCCAAGGACAUGAUCUUCUCAAGUACAUCGCUGACAUAUGCUCGGCGAAGAUGGAGGGUAGGUAUACAGGUUUCUCAUCAGUUCCUACCGUAACCAGUUUUUCUGCGAAGAAUACCUACUUGUACAUGAAUAGCAGUGUCAGAACAGCCGGUGGCAACGACCCCUAAUGUGAAACUUUUCGAUUCUUCCAUCUACCAAAAGUUGAAAAUGAAGAAAUAGGGAUAGGAAGUUUGAGUCAUUUGUGCCUGCAAUGAAGUUAAUAGAUGUGCAAUUCUUUUUUAGUAAAUGAUUGAAUAAUAUGUGCUCAGAAGUGUUUUGUAUGUGAUAAAUGAUGCAUAAAAUGUACAUCAAGAAUUAUUUGUGUAUUGAGGUUUCAAUGAUUGGUUUUUGGAA